AGGACAGAACCCAGACUUACGGGCUGACUGCAGUGAGAGACUUUGAAAGCUUCAGAUUGGAGACACUUUGCUUUUUCAUUUAUUUUUGUAGAAGCAAGAAAGGCAGCGGUGUGGAAGACGAUGACUCACAUGCUUUUGCUCUACUGCUUAGCGUUUCUUUUGCCCACAGAAUCCUGCAGGACAUUAUGCCAGGUUGCUAACAAAAGCAAGGAGAUGUCUCCCAGGCCACAAGGUGUAUGCGAUGGAGUCUGUGUGGACAAUUCCCACUGCAGUCAACCUUGCCCUCCAGACUCACAGGGAAAUAUGGGGUUCUUAUGCAGGCAGAAGAAAUGGCACAAGAUCACUGAAACCUGUCAGACUCUUAAUGCCUUCAACAUCUUUGAGACAAAUUUAUAUUCGAUCCAACCACUAGGAGGAAAUACAAAAGUAGAUGAGUAUGCCAGAAAGCCUGAGACCAUCACAGACAGGCUGAUGCAAACGUGUCCGAAGGAUUUGUCCUGUGUAAUCAGGAACAUUCGGCAGUCUCCCCGGAUCCCGGGAAACAUCGCUGUCAUUGUGCAGCUCUUACACAACAUAUCCACGGUGUUAUUGACAGAUGUUGACGUGGCGAAGAUGAAGAGUUACAGCAUCAUGGCCAACCACAUUCUUAACAGCAAAAGCAUCUCAAACUGGACCUUCAUCCCGGACAGAAAUAGCAGCUGUGUCCUGCUACACUCAGUCAACUCCUUUGCCAGAAAGCUAUUUAUAAAUAAAUAUCCGAUUGACAUAUCAGAUGUCUUCAUUCAUACUAUGGGCACUGCCAUAUCCCCAGACAACACUGGAAAGAAUUUCAGUUUUUCAAUGAGAGUUAAUGACACCAGCAGUGAGAUCACUGGGCAGGUGUUGAUCAGUAGAGAUGAACUUCGGAAGGUGCCCGCUCCUUCUCAGGCCAUCAGCAUUGCAUUUCCAACUCUUGGGGCCAUCUUAAAAGCCAGUUUUUUGGAAAACGUCACAGUGAAUGGGCUUGUCUUAUCUGUCAUUUUGCCCAAGGAACUUAAAAGAAUCUCACUGAUUUUUGAAAAGAUCAACAAGUCAGAGGAGAAGAGGACACAGUGUGUUGGCUGGCACUCCUUGGAGAGCAGAUGGGACCAGCAGGCCUGUCAAAUAAUUCAAGAAAACUCCCAGCAAGCUGUUUGCAAAUGUAGGCCAAGCAAGUUGUUUACCUCUUUUUCCAUUCUUAUGUCACCCCACAUCUUGGAGAGCCCGAUCCUGACUUAUAUCACGUACAUAGGCCUGGGCAUUUCUAUUUGCAGCUUGAUCCUUUGCUUGUCCAUUGAGGCCUUGGUCUGGGGUCAAGUGACAAAGACAGAGAUCUCGUACUUACGCCAUAUAUGCAUCGCUAAUGUUGCGGCCACCUUGCUGAUGGCUGAUGUGUGGUUCGUUGUGGCUUCCUUUCUUAGCGGUCCAGUGACACAUCACAGUGGGUGUGUGGCAGCAACAUUUUUUGUUCAUUUCUUUUACCUUUCUGUGUUUUUCUGGAUGCUUGCCAAAGCACUCCUUAUCCUCUAUGGAAUCCUGAUUGUCUUCCAUACACUGCCCAAGUCGGUCCUGGUGGCAGCUCUCUUUUCAAUCGGCUAUGGGUGCCCCUUGGUCAUUGCUGCUAUCACAGUUGCUGCCACUGAGCCCGGCAAAGGCUACCUACGGCCUGAGGCCUGCUGGCUCAACUGGGACGUGACCAAGGCCCUCUUGGCCUUUGUGGUCCCAGCUCUGGCCAUUAUGGUAGUGAACCUGGUCACAGUCACACUCGUGAUUGUCAAGACCCAGCGACCCGCCAUUGGCAGUUCCAUGUUCCAGGAGGUGAGAGCCAUUGUGAGAAUCAGUAAGAACAUCGCCAUCCUCACACCGCUGCUGGGACUGACCUGGGGAUUUGGAAUAGCCAUGGUCAUUGAUGACAGCAACCUUGCCUUCCACAUUAUCUUCUCUGUGCUCAAUGCAUUCCAGGGCUUCUUCAUCUUGGUGUUUGGAACAAUCCUGGAUCCAAAGAUAAGAGAAGCUUUAAAGGGUCGAGUAACUUCUGCAAAAUGGAUCUCCAGAAUCUCAGAGAAUCUUUCUACUGAUUUCUCUGGUCACCCCACCAAAGGGCCAAGCUAACACAGCCGGCUAUACUCCUAACUUGGGAGGU